AUGGCCUCCGAACUGAAAUCCAAGAGCUCAGCGUCGGCAAUAUCCACAAGUCAAUACCCACAAGUUGGCAAGCCAGGUUCUGUGUCGGUAGCGUUCAGUGAGGCGAAGGAUGUCGGAAGACGCAAUGCUGGGCUUCUGCUUGUUGUUGCAUCCCAGGCUUUCUUUUCCAUGAUGACUACCACGGUAAAGGUCCUUCAUGGCAUCGAUCCUCCGAUAAGCACCUUUCAGCUGGUUUGGGUUCGAUCGGUCAUUACAUAUGCAUGCUGUCUGGCGUACAUAUAUCUCGCAAAGAUCCCAAACCCGCUUCUCGGUCCGAAAGGUGUCCGGCUGCUGCUUUUGUGUCGCGGAAUGGGAGGAUUUGUGGCAUUCUUUGGCAGCUGCUCCGCCCUCCGGUAUCUCUCCCUCUCGGACGCUACUGUUCUCACAUUCCUUGCUCCUAUGACGACGGCUGUCGCUGGUUCAGUAUUCCUUGAGGAGAGGUUUACUGUUGGAGAAGCCCUUGCCGGAGUGAUUAGCCUUGGAGGGGUCGUCUUGAUAGCGCGUCCUACAGCCAUUUUUGGCUCCCACGACUUGCCAGAGACGUCCGAUCCUGAAGGCGUGACACCUGCUCAAAGAUUGCUGGCCGUUGGAGCUGCUCUCAUCGGGGUCCUAGGGUUGACCUUAACAUACACGAUGAUUCGCGCUAUUGGGAAACGAGCGCAUGCUAUGCACACUAUGAUGUACUUUGCAAUGUCUUCUAUUCUCUGUACAAGCUUAUCCAUGCUUGUUUCGAAAACCCAGUUCAUCAUGCCUAGCGGGGAAGCGCUUACCUUGCUUUUCAUGAUUGGGUUCUUCGGAUUCUUUGGACAAAUUUUGCUCACAAUGGGUAUUCAACGUGAGACUGCAAGCCGGGGAACUAUGGCGAUCUAUACGCUGGUUGUCUGGGCGAUGAUCUUCGAGCGUGUCGUUUUCCACACUGUCCCCACCCGCCUUUCUGUAAUUGGGACGCUGCUAAUCGUCUGUUCUGCGAUAUACAUCGCCCUCACGAAGCAGAAAGAGCCUGUUGCGUCUCUGUCCAUAAUUGAUACCAUCCCAUCUGUGUCUACCGGUGGGGUCAUGGAGGAAGGGCUUCUUUCUUCCUCAGAGGAUGCCUCGAAGAUUACCAACUACGGCUCUACCCGUUGA